AUGGAGGUAGCCGAAAGCAGGGAACCUGUUUCGGUGGGUGCGCCAGCUGGAGCAGACUCUGCCGUCACCAAUGGCGAACAGAACCUCCUUCUGGACGACUCAUUCAUGGGUGAUGAUAGAUCUAGCAGUUUGAGUGAGAUUGAUGACGUAUCUGAAAAUAUCCCAUCCGACUAUGAGUCUCCGAAGCCCGAUAGAGUGGCCCCGGAAAAUGAUUCAGAAGCGGAGACGGAGCGCAUCGAGGACUCACCAAACUUUCGUUCAAAAACAAAUAUUGUCGUGAGUGCCACUGGCUAUGAGCCCAGUCCAAGCAAGCUGGCUCAGUCGACGACCUACGAUGAUGUGGAAGAUGACGAAGAGCACGUGGCGGACGAUUCGCCCAGUAAGCCUCGUGCCAAAACUACCCGCACCGCUGAAGUGGCCGAUGAUACACCCGGGCUCGAGGACUCAGCGCUUUCAGAAAGCACUGGCAAGAAGCGCAAGCGGCUAGAGUCCGGUGACGAGGGGGGUAUGGAAAAUGACGAAGAAGAUUUGCCGCCCCAGAAGCGCCGUGGCUCAGUCAAGAGUGAUCUGAGCGACCCUCCCCCGGAUGAUAUCGUACUCACCCCCGAACCAAUGGACGAACCCCCCAAGCUUGUCGAGGAAGACAUCGCAACCGACGACGUCCCCGAGUCGACCUUGCCUGCGGUACCUGCUAAAGGUAAGAGAGCUAAGAAGGGCAAGCGGAAAGGUCGGAAAACAAGAGAUGUUGACGACGAAGCCGAUAACGGCGCGCUUGAGACUGGCGCAGAGGCUGAUGACGUUGGCGAUGACGAUGUCGCGGAACGUGGUGAAGAUGCGGAUGAUGGUGAAGCUGCUGCCGCCAAACUUGAGGAAGAGUCCAAGAGGAUAUCUGCGAUGGAUUCACUCGCCGUAUUAGAACGGGAGUUUGCGACCCUACGAGACAAGAUCUAUGACGAGAGGAUCUCGAAAUUGAACCGGGAGCUGGAGAUGCUCGACGCAAAGAAUCCAACGCAUCCUGAAUACCUGCGGCAGCUUGAAUGCAUCGGGCGGUAUCGCGAUACGAAGAUUAAAUACGAACAAACACUCUUUCAGUACAGGAUGAAAGCCUUGUUGAACAAGAGCCUGGCUGAACGUGCUCAAGCGCAUAGCACCUUUUUCCAGCGGACGCGAGAUAUUCGCGAAAAGCAUUCAAGUGCGAUCAGCAAGCAGUUUUACUCCAUUCAGCACGAUCGCUUCAAGACGGACGAAAUUAGCCCGCAACAUUACAUUCCAUUCCCCACCCGCCGGUCACAGCAGAUUGCCCAUCAAACCGCAUACAAUCAAGAGGUCUCUGUCAUGGCAGGAGUUGCCAAAUAUGUCGGCUUUCCAGCUGCACCUGCGCUGUCUGCUGCACGGCCAUCGGAGCUUGAUGAGGAUCUGGAAAAGAUGGGUAUCUCCAUUGAACCCCGAGUCCCCACAUCACAGUCUCAGUCCACGCUCCCGAGGGGUGCCAUGCCGGCCAUGUCAUCGAACGUCUACCGCACAGCUGCAGAAGAAGCUUUCUUAGAGCAGACACCAUGGGCCAAUCCGCAGCAUCCCAUACAUCAGCACCAGCAGCUGCCACAGCGACCGCAGAGUCGUGUCUUCGAGAAUCCCCGGGCUCCUGUGUUCACGACACCUGCCGCACAAAAGCGAGUAGUCGACAUACACGCACCCAACGGGUCUGCCUCCACAAUCGCCGAAAACUCCUCAGCCAACAACACCCCCUACGACCAAGAACAACAUCCUCAAAAUCCCGGACCCUUUGCUAACCCCGACUACGAGGCAGAGAGGAGAUCCGGGUUCCGAUCAAUAAGUUCCUCUCCCCUCGAUGUACGCAAACCACAUCCCGCCUCGUAUAAUACAACGCUCGGUCGCCGCUCUCCCCAAGGAACCUCUCAAAAUGCCGCCGCCUAUUCACCACCUUCGGCCCGACUCGGUUUGUUCCAAUCGGCUACCGUAAAACGUGACUCCUCGCCGCCACUUUCAUCUCGACCGGUCAACUCCAUUCAUCAGUCAACGGGGAUCCUUGGCCCUGGGUCGAAUCAGAUGGCAGCGCGAUAA